GCGCACUUAAGCGCGGUUGGGGGCGGGGCGUGCCCAGAGACGGCCGGCGCUUUCGACGCCUCUUGUGUCUCGUCGCCGCUGCACUUCGGUUGUCCGCCAUGGCUUGCCGGCCGCGAGGCCUGCCCGGGUACUCCAGCCCGCCAUCCCCCGCGCGCUGGAGCUUCGGGCGUAAGCGCAGAGCCGAUGGGAGGCGCCGGAAGCCGGAGGAGGACGAGCGCCGCGCCGAUCGCAGGCCCGAGAGCUUCACAACUCCUGAAGCCCAUAAGCCCCUAUCUAGAUGCUCAGACUGGGCAAGUGCAGUUGAAGAAGAUGAAAUGAGGACCAGAGUUAACAAAGAAAUUGCAAGGUAUAAAAGGAAACUCCUCAUAAAUGACUUUGGAAGAGAGAGAAAGUCUUCGUCAGGAAGUUCUGAUUCAAAGGAGUCUACGUGUGGGAUGCCUGCUGACGUGGAGACAGAUGAAAGUGUCCUCAUGAGAAGACAGAAGCAGAUCAACUAUGGGAAGAACACCAUUGCCUAUGAUCGCUAUAUUAAGGAAGUCCCAAGACACCUUCGACAACCUGGCAUCCACCCAAAAACCCCUAACAAAUUUAAGAAGUACAGUCGGCGGUCUUGGGACCAGCAGAUCAAGCUCUGGAAGGUGGCACUGCAUUUCUGGGACCCGCCUGCUGAAGAAGGAUGUGAUCUGCAAGAAAUACACCCUGUGGACCUGGGAGAAAUGGAAAUGGAAUCCAUAGAAAGCAGCUCUGAGUCCCAGGCAAGCUCCCAGGAUAACUCUGAUGUAUACUCUGGUACGCCCACCAAAGUUAGACACACAGACUGCCAAGUGGAAGAUGAAUUUGAUUUGGAAGCUUGUUUGACUGAACCCCUGAAGGACUUCUCAGCCAUGAGCUAACUGCCACCUGGUGGCCACUGAGGGAAAGUUGCCUCCGCCUGGCCCUGGGAAGACCAGCCAGGCACAAGGCAUGUGGUACACACUUCUGCUUGGAUGGUAUCUCUGUUAAUAAUUCACUUAUCUCAUGGUGAGUUGUUACUUUUGCCUUAUUUGUACAGUGUGUGUUCUGCAUGUUUUAAAAUGUAAGUGGACCUUACUCUGAGGAAGAGUGAACCUAAAAACAAUCUAGAAAUGAAUUUAGUUGGUUAAUGCCCACCAAGCUUCUUGCUUCAAAUUAGACUAACCAGAGUGCUUUAACUCUCAGUUACUGUUCAGUUAUGGUUGUCCAUGAAUCCACAGAUCUGGGUUGUGAUCUGACUGCAUUCCAUUCAUGGGACUGAUGUAGAACUAGCUUUCUCUACAGGUACCCAACUAUAUUCUCAGAGGCAGAUGUCUUGGGUGAGUUUUUUGAAAACUUACUUUCUGUUUUUUUAUCAGUAUGUCAAACUUAAGUUUGGUUUCUCAUAUAGAGCUCUGAAAGUCAAAGAUUGUAAACUGGACUGUUAACAGGUUUUUAUAAGUUAUACAGUUUUAAUUUGGUACUUGUAAAUAGUCCUAGUUAGGAUCUUAACCUAUAGUACCCUGAGAGUUAAGAGAAUGCACAGGUAGAACUUUUUUUUAAAUAGUCAUUUAAUUUACCAUGUAAAAUUGCUGUAAAUGAUAACAUGUACAGAUUCUGUUCAGAUAUUCAGUUGUAAACUUAAGACUGUUGUGUUUCUAUUGCUUUUGUAUGAAAUGAUACUGCAAAAAUAAAAAGGAACCUUCUUUAACUGGU